AUGUCAUAUUUUUGUCUUUCUCCUGUCGAUUUCGUUGUUGAUUUCCUUUCAAAUAUUACACCCACUUUCUCCCCGCCUUCUCUCUCUCUCACUAUAACUAGAAGUAAAUCUCUCCAACAUCAACCAUUUUCUUCUUUCAUUCUUGAAAUCGACGGUCUUAUCUUUUUUUUCUGUUUUUCUUUUGUUUUGUUUUUUUGUUCUUUUGGUUAUUCAUUCUUUAUUUCCAUACUUCUUUUUCUUUCCGUUCUCCGUUUUCUUUUCUUUAACUUGCUACCAUUUUUCUUUCUUCUGUCUUCUUUUUCAUUUGACGAAUUCAUUUCAUUUUUCUCACUUUCUCUUCUCUCACGUUUCUUCCUUUCUUUUUUUUAUAUUCUCCUUUUUUUCUCUUUCGUUUUCUUUUGUUUCUUUUCGUCUUUUCUUUUUCGUUUUUUUACGUUUUCUCUAUUUUUCUUUAUCUUCCAAUUCCUUUUCUUUUAUCGUAUUGUGACCUUUCUUUCUUUCUUUCUUUCUUUCUUUAUUGCUUUUUUCUUGCUUCCGUUUCUUGUUUUUUUAUCUUCUUUUUCGCUUUCUUUCUCACUUUUUUCUUUUCCCUUUCGUUUUCUUUUUUUCUGUGUUCUUUCCCCUUUCUUUCUUUUCGAUUUAUUUCUUGUUUUUAUCUUCUUUUUCUCUUUCUUUCUUUUUUCUUUCAUUUUCUUUCUUUUCUUUUAUCGUAUUUUUCGUCUCUUUUUUUCUUUCAUUUUCUUUCUUUUCUUUUAUCGUAUUUUUCGUCUCUUUUUUUCUUUCAUUUUCUCCUUCUCAUAG